CUCCAAACCCUGGGCACUGAGACUGUUUUGCAAGCAACAUUCCUGUACUUUUCAUGGAAAGAAACUCUGUUUCUCCUCCCAAGUCUCAAGCACUUUCUUUCCAAGACUCCUGUUGCUUCUUAAAACCCCUCUUCUUAGUACUUCGCAGCUCUUCCUGAGCUUCCAAAACACUUGAGGUUUCUGUUCUGUUCUUUCCAAGUUCCAGCCUUUCAAGGAUUGCUGUCAUUUCCUGGAAGUCUUGGCAGCAUCAAAUACUUUGUUACUUCUGGUUUUAUGUGUGUUUUACCUUCUUGGAUUAAACCCCGGCCGGGAGUUGUGGACUGUUGAAUGGAGCAUAGGAUUAACAUGGCUUGGGUGUACCAGACUAAAAUUUUGUGAAGGCAAUGUUGAUAAAGUUUAGUAUUUUUUAGGUAGGAUGGCAACAGAGAGUCUCAUGAGAAUGGUGGAAAGCCGUAAAGGUGAAAAGUGGCAUUCAUCGAUGGAUGCGGCAACAUAUGGAUCUCCACUGAAAAGUACGGCAGCAGAGGAAUUGGGCUUCCUUACAAAGGGGCACAGAUUUCAGAGAGAUAGAGCUGAGGCCAUACCUAAUCGAAGUGGUAGUGCCCCCCCAAGUAUGGAGGGUUCCUUUUACGCUAUUGGGAACCUUUUAAGUCAACAGAACUCCAGUAUGAUAACAAGCUCGACUAAUUCAAGGAACACUGUUCAAAAUGUUCAGUCUGCGGAACUGUAUUCUGACCCAUCUUAUUUGGCAUACUGCAUCGCUAAUAUGAACUUAAAUGUAAGGCCUCCGCCACACCAUGUUGUUGGUUCCAGCACCAAUUGGAGAUUGACUUCUUUAGACGACAGUGGCAAUGGAUCCUUCCAUCUUUCUCAAGGUUCUCUUUCCACUCACAAGGAGGAGCUUGAUGAUGCUAGUUCAUCCAAGCAAGCUUCAGAUAAUUUGGCAGAAAAUAGUGUUUCAGCAAUGGCGGUGAAGAACACUCAUUCUUUAGCAAGCCAUAAUAAGAGUGUGCUGGAUCGCAUACAGGAAGACUUCCCCCGAACUCCAUCUCCUGUGUAUAAUCAAUCUGUCUCAUCAAGUAUUGCAACAGAUGAACCGGUUGAUAUUGAUGUACAUUCAAUUUCACCAAAUGCUUCUUCUGCUAGCAUACGACAAUUACAAUCCUCAAAUUCAGGCUCUAUCGACAUAUAUCCAGAGACAAGUUCCUUGACUACCUCUUCUCCUAGGACACUACAUCCUAAUGAGACAGGGAACUUACAUGAAGAUGAAUCAAAUAUUGAGGAUACUGGGGUGGGGAGUAAUGGAUCAAUUGGUGGAGCCCUUGGGUUAGAUCUUUCCCCAACUGGGUCUAGAAUUAGAGCAUCUAAUAUUAACAAACAACAUGAGAAACACUCUUAUGGGACGGGUGUGCUACAACACCUUUUGUCUACACAACAAGGGUUGCCAUAUCAACUUCAGGCUGUUCAGGACCAAGUAGUUUCACAAGGCAUGAAUCAUUGGCAAAGUAGAAUGGAUCCCCAUGGCUAUCCAAAGUUCUCUUCCAUUGAGGUACAGCCAUCAUUGCAAUCACCUGGAUUCACACCUCCCUUGUAUGCUACAACAGCAGGGUAUAUGACUUCAGGAAAUGCUUUCUACCCCAAUUUUCAGCUGUCCAGUAUAUAUCCUGCACAAUAUGGUGCGAGUGGAUAUACCAUGGGUUCUUCAUUUCUUCCCCCAUAUAUGGCUGCGUACCAUUCUCAUGGUUCCUUUCCUCUGCCUUUUGAUGCUACUUUGGGUCAAAGCUUAAAUGGUCGAACUGCAGGUGUUUCAACAGGGGAGAGAAGUCCCCAUGAAGGUGAUUUGCAUCACCUAAGCAAGUUUUACGGCCAGCCUGGGCCAAUGCUCCAGCCAUCUUUUCUUGAUCCCCUAAGUAUGCAAUACUAUCCACGUCCCUUGGAUGAUUCAUACAGUGCUUCAAUUCAGUAUGGUCAAUUAGGUCCAAGGGGUAUUAUUGGAGGCCAGCUUUACCAACAAGAGUCAAAUGUUACUGCAUAUGCAGGUGACCAGAAAUUUCAGUCUCCAACUAAUGGGUCUCUGGGCAUUCCAAGUCCAAGAAAAAUGGGAAUCAAUGGUAGUGGUUAUUAUGGUAGUCCUUCUAGCAUGGGUGGCAUGACAUUUCCAGCCUCACCUCUUGGUAGUCCUAUACCACCAUCAUCUCCAGUAGGCAGAACACAUCACCAUGGUCGGCCAAAUGAAUCGAGGUAUCACCAAGGUUCGAUAAGAAAUGGUGGACUAUAUUCUGGGUGGCAAGGACAGAGAAGCUUUAACAACUUUGAGGACUCUAAAAGGCACUCCUUUCUUGAAGAACUGAAAUCCAGUAAUGCCCGUAAAUUUGAACUCUCUGAUAUAGCAGGGCGCAUUGCUGAAUUCAGUGUGGAUCAACAUGGGAGUCGAUUUAUUCAGCAGAAGCUUGAAUACUGCAGUGUCGAAGACAAGGCGUCUGUUUUCAAAGAGGUUCUUCCACAUGCUUCAAAAUUAAUGACUGAUGUAUUUGGGAAUUAUGUUAUUCAAAAGUUUUUUGAGUAUGGGACUCCUGAGCAGAAAAAGGAGCUUGCAGAUCAACUCAGUGGACAGAUGUUGCCUUUAAGUUUGCAGAUGUAUGGUUGUCGUGUGAUCCAGAAGGCUCUUGAAGUCAUAGAGGUUGACCAGAAAACACAACUUGUGCAUGAGCUUGAUGGACAUGUUAUGAAAUGUGUGCGUGAUCAAAAUGGAAAUCAUGUCAUACAGAAGUGUAUAGAAUGCAUUCCUACAGAGAAAAUUGGAUUCAUCAUAUCUUCUUUCCGAGGCGAAGUUGGCACACUUUCUACUCAUCCAUAUGGUUGCCGUGUCAUACAGAGAGUUUUGGAGCAUUGUUCAGAUGAGCUUCAAGGUCAAUGUGUUGUGGAUGAGAUUUUGGAAUCUGCUUAUGUUCUUGCUCAGAACCAGUAUGGCAAUUAUGUCACCCAGCAUGUUCUGGAAAAGGGAAAACCCCAUGAAAGAAGCCAAAUUAUCAGCAAGUUGAUCGGGAAAGUUGUACAAUUGAGUCAGCAUAAAUAUGCAUCAAAUGUUAUUGAAAAGUGUUUAGAGCAUGGUGAUGUUGCUGAGCGGGAGCGUAUGAUUGACGAAAUCAUUGGACAGUUGGAGGAAAAUGAUAAUCUAUUGCCAAUGAUGAAGGAUCAAUUUGCAAAUUAUGUGAUCCAGAAGGUUCUUGAAACAAGCAAUGAUAAGCAGCGGAAGAUACUUCUGAGUCUAAUAAGAGUUCAUCUUGAUGCUCUUAAAAAAUAUACCUAUGGAAAACACAUAGUUGUUCGAUUUGAACAACUAUCUGGUGAAGAUGGCCAAAAUUCGGUAGCUAAUGAGACAUAGAGUGGACAGGCAAGACUAAUCUAUUUGGCUUCAAGGGCUGCUUGCGGAUUACUCUAUUAUCAUAAGUACUGCAUUAGAAAGUUUCCGCGAGUAAGAAAACUUGAAAUGAACUUUCCAUUGCAUCUAUUGGGAUGCUGCUAGAUGCUAAAUGCUUAGUUGAUAUGUUUAAGUGUAUAAAUGGGUUACAUAACUUCAAAUUGUAUGGUAUAUAUGUAUUGGCUGGUGUAGGUAUUAGGCGGAGCUUCUUUUUUAGUAUAUGUGUGCUUUUGGGAAGACAACAAAACUACAUUGAUAUGUAAUAUGAUGUAAAAGGUUAUAUAUAUUAAUAUAUCUAUAUAUAUGUAUAUAUAA